AUGAGCUGCGUCUACAAUACUUCUAUUCCGUAUGGUAAGGCGAUGAGACUCAAGUUUCAAAGUUUUGACCUGGCGUCAGAUUCAGAAUGCAGGUAGGAAUGAAUAAUUUUUAUAUAAAUGACGACAGCCAAAUCCUGCUGUUUUAUCCAAGACAAAAAUAUAGAAAUAAAUAACAAAACAGCAAAGAGGAAAGCGACUUGAGUUUUCCCGAUAUUUCGGACGGACAAGCCGUCCUUCUUCAGGGGAUUUAAUGACGAAUCAGAAAGUCGACUUUCCGAUUCUUCAUUAAAUCCCCUGAAAAAGGACGGCUUGUCCGUCCAAAAUAUAUGAAAAAUUCAAGUCGCUUUUCUCUUUGCUGUUUUCUUGUUUAGGAAUAAAUACGUUUAGCUUGUCUUUUCUGAACUUUAAUUUUGAGAUUGCGGGUCAAAAACUUGAAGGCAUACAAAAACCUUCUCAAAUAGCUUAAUUGUUGCAAGUUUAGUCCAAGCGAAUCUCACUUUCAUCAGGUAUACGUUUAGGUCAGCUACCGUCCCUUUAGCUCUUAUUGGUGGAUUUUCUUAUCAAUCUCGAGAACCAGUCUGAUAAUCUGUUAUUUUGGCAUCUAGCGAAGAGAAUGAGGGGGAGAGAUAUUUGUUACUGUACAGCAACUUGUAUUGAUAGAGAUUUUCUUGCAUGUAGGAUCGAUUAUUUGAAAAUAACGAAUGGCAUCACCGAACUUCGAUACUGCGGUGACCAGCUCAGUGGAACAGACCUUCUUGUAUCAGGAAACUACGUUGUAUUAACGUUCCACACGGACUGGCUGCUCGAGAACAAGACAGGAUUUGAAAUAUUCUUCGCUCAAGAAAUUUCUAGUAAGUAG